AAAUUGGCAAUUGGUUUUCACGUGUUUUUCAAUUGAUUUUUGCUACCAAUUUUGUUUUCUAUUAUAUUUUCUAGUUUCAUAAGAAAUUAAGAUUAUGGAGGAUAGACCACUGCCAAAGACUGGUAGAGGGGCAGCACUGGCCAAGGUAUUGGAACAGUCAGCAGGAAGGACACCAGGUGGAGUCCAAUCAGCAGCAGGGAGGGCCCCAGGAGGAGUACAGUAUGGAUCACCUAUUGCCAUGGCAGCCCCUUUACCCAUGGGUGGGCGGGGUCAGUCUAUGACUCCGCCCCCUCACGUGAUUACUGGCACUGCUCGGGGACAAGGGAUUCAGUCAUUGGGCAGAGGACACACUCUUUCUACUUAUGGGCGGGGUCAACCACAAACUGCACCCACUAAUCAAAACCCAGCUCCGCCCACUAAUCAAUCAAAGGCUGGACCAUUAGCCCCUGAUCCUAUACCAGUUCCCAAACCAAUUGGUCGUGGUAUGUUACUAAGGAAACUGUACGAGUCUCAAACUAAGACCCAGUCUUUGAUUCCUAAACAGUCUCCGCCCAGUGGUGCCCCACCCAGUGAUCAACUCUCUCAGCUUCAGUUACAAGGUGCUGUCAGUCCUCCUUCUAAGACUCCGCCCACUUCCUCUCCUCGUUCCCCCUCCUCUCCAGCGUCCCAGGCAACUCUUAAAGCUAACCAACACUCACCACCUGGCCCCGCCCACUCACCGCAGACCAACCUACCAGUGACCAGUGCCGGUAGUCCACAGUUCACUUUAUUGUCCGAUGGUGAAAUACGUCAAGGAAUAUCAGGACAGAGGAUUCCAUUGGGUGCUAAUUAUUUAGUUGUUAAGAGUAGAUCUAAUACUGUCUUUCAGUACAUGGUUUCUUUCAAUCCCCCGGUUGAGUCUAAGAACAUGCGCUAUGGGAUGAUCAACGAACAUAAAGACCUCAUUGGACCUACUAGAGCUUUUGACGGAUCAGUACUUUACCUGCCUCUUAAAAUUACUGAUGAUGUAAGUGAUCAAUUAAUUGAAUGGUUAUUAUUUCUCCCCUCCUACCCGCAGAUAGUAACUCGUAAAAGCAUCAGGUCCACUGAUGGUACUGAGAUUACAAUUGACAUAACAUUGACCAAUGUUCUGGAGUACAGGGAGUGUACCCAGCUGUUCAAUAUCAUCAUAAGAAGGGUCCUCAGAGCCAUUGACAUGCAAGAGGUUGGGAGACACUACUUUGACAAGAACCAUCCAAUUAAGAUACCCCAACACAAGAUGGAACUUUGGCCUGGUUAUGUUACUUCCAUUCAUCAUUUUGAUGCUGAACAUUUACUGUUACUGUUAGACGUGUCACAUAAAAUGUUGAGAAUGGACACUGCUUUGGAUUUUCUGUAUGAGUUGUAUUCUUCUUGUAAAGAUGGUUUCCAGGAAGAAGCGACUAGACAGUUGGUUGGUUCUAUUGUGUUGACUCGUUAUAAUAACAAGACUUACCGAGUGGACGACAUUGCAUGGGACAAGAACCCACAGAGCACCUUCAUUGAUCAUAAUGGACGACCAAUGUCAUUCAUCGAGUACUACAGGAACACAUAUGGUAGAGAUAUCACUGAUAAGGAGCAGCCCCUAUUGGUCCAUCGUCCUAAGAAGAACAGAAUGCACUUUAAAAGAGGGCGUGGUUUACCUGAAACUGAUACAGCUGAAGAGGUGGAGCAGGUCAUUUGUUUGGUUCCAGAGUUGUGCAGUAUGACUGGUUUGACUGAUAAAGCAAGAUCUGAUUUUAGAGUCAUGAAAGAUUUAGCAGCUCAUACUCGUAUUACUCCUGCUCAACGUGAAAUUGCAAUCAAAAAGUUUGUGAGGACAGUUAAUGAAAGUGAAAAGGCAAAAGAGGAGUUAAGUUCCUGGGGCCUGUCCCUUCACCCCAAUAUCCUGGAGACUAAUGGCCGCCUUUACAAGCCAGAGACUGUUCUCUUUAGGGAUGGAUCAGUAGUCGCUGGACUGGACGCCGACUGGAGCCGACAGCUAGUGAAGGAACAUGUCAUAUCAGCUGUACCUCUAACCCACUGGUUGCUAUUGGUUACCAAGAGAGACUCAGGGAAAGCUGUUGACUUUAUUGAAAUGAUGAAGAAAGUGUGUCCUCCAAUGGGUAUUGAGGUGAAGGAACCUCGUGUCAUUGAGUUGCAGACUGAUAAGACGGAGUUGUACUUGAGAGCAAUACGAGAGAACAUGAGCUCCUCACUUCAGCUGGUGGUGGCCAUAUUCCCAACACAAAGAGACGAUAGAUACUCCUCAUUGAAGAAACUCUGCUGUGUGGAGUGCCCCAUACCUUCACAAGUGAUUAAUGCCCGUACCAUAUCUCAGCAGCAAAAGUUGCGGAGUGUUACCCAGAAGGUUGCCCUCCAGAUUAACGUUAAAUUGGGCGGAGAAUUGUGGGCAGUGAAGACCCCAUUGGAGAAUGCUAUGGUGAUUGGUAUUGACGUUUAUCAUGACAGCACAAGAGGGAAGAGGUCAGUACUGGGGUUUGUGAGCAGCACCAACAAGUUUUUCACUCGUUGGUACUCGCGUGUGACCAUUCAAGGAGCCAAUCAAGAGAUUGGGGAUGGACUCAAGAUAUGCUUCCAGUCCUCACUGAGGAAAUAUUAUGAAAUUAAUCACAAUUUGCCUGAUCGUAUUGUUAUAUUUCGUGAUGGAGUUGGUGAUGGUCAAGUUAAGACUGUGGUGGAGUUUGAGAUACCUCAGAUGAAGAGCUGUCUCGCCAUGUUUGGUGAAUCUUAUAAGCCAAAGAUUGGUUUUGUUAUUGUCCAGAAGAGGAUUGCCACUAGGUUGUUUUCCCACGGACCCCAGGGAUAUGAGAACCCUUGUCCUGGGACUGUAUUGGACCACACUGUCACCAGGAAGGGAUGGUAUGAUUAUUUCCUAGUGAGUCAGCAUGUUCGUCAAGGAACAGUUACGCCCACUCACUAUCAUGUAGUACUAGACAAUGCUGGCCUGAAACCAGAUCACAUGCAAAAGUUAACGUAUAAGCUCACUCAUAUGUACUAUAACUGGCCUGGGACUAUUCGUGUUCCUGCCCCUUGUCAGUAUGCUCAUAAACUUGCUUUCCUUGUUGGCCAGUCUCUUCAUCGUGAACCAAGUCUUGAGAUAUCUGACAGACUCUUCUUUCUUUAAAUACAUCAAGUACCCCUCCCCCCCUUCCCACAUUACUUUCAUAUUUAUCCAUUUGUUGUUACUAUAUAUCACUUGAUUCAACUAUCCAUUAAUCAAUGACUGAGUACUAGUAUCAUUAUUAUCAUUAUUAAUUUCAUUUGUGAUUCAUUUCUUCUAUUUCAAAUUUAACACAGUUACAUUGACACAA